CAAUAGACUCACUGACUCACUCAAAAACAGCCUUACAGACCCCUAGGGCAAUCAUGGACCAAGUCAAGUCCAGCAGCACUGUGACGCAUAUUAACGACCAAGGCUCCAGACACUUGUCUCAAGAAGCAAUAGAGAAGCUGAUCCAACAGUCUCAGGAGGCCAAGCAGCAUGCGUACUGUCCCUACAGCAAGUUCAGAGUGGGAGCUGCCCUCCUGACCAUGGACAACACUGUUUUUAGAGGUUGCAAUGUAGAGAAUGCAUGCUACAACUUGGGUGUGUGUGCUGAAAGGAAUGCUAUCUCAAAAGCGGUUUCUGAAGGCUACAGAAGUUUCAAGGCAAUAGCAAUUGCCAGUGACCUAAAGGACCAGUUCAUCUCGCCAUGUGGGGGCUGCAGGCAAUUCAUAAGAGAGUUUGGUUUAAACUGUGAUGUGUACCUGUCAAAGCCCGACGGCUCGCACCUGAAGUUGACGGUGGACGAGCUGCUGCCCGUCUCCUUCGGCCCCGAGGAGCUGGACAUGAAGAAAGUGUUUUCAUCUCCUUAAACAGUUUGAGCCUGUUUUGCCGCACAAAACACAAAGACAUGUACUGUGUAUAAUGCACAUGCUGCUGAAAAUGUAUUAAUGUGUAGCAGUAGUUAUAUUUAUGGAAAAUAUUUGUUCUUUUAGUAUGCGCUGAUUGUUAUGUCAAAUGAUUAAAAGUUACCUAAUGUAUUCUGUAAUAUUAUUUAUACAAUCUAGUAUCUGGAGAAUCCAUUGUGCCUUGGUUACUUAAUGCUGCCUUGCUGUAGAUACCAACAUUUCUUAAUAUGAAGAAGAAUUAAGCAACAGUAUGUAUCAUAUCCACACAUUUUAAUAAAUAAAAUGUUUUAAAAGGCAUUUCUUUUAAUAAUUUACACUUCAUUUCUUACAGAUGGAUAUACACACAAAUGAAGGUCAAAGGACACACAAGAGGGAAAAGAUGAGUUACAGUGUACUGCAAAUAUUAUUUGUUUAGCAGCAAGUUAUUCAAUUACAGAGUAAAAGGGGGAGAGAGACAGGGUGAAGGGUUGAAGCUGCCAGUGCAAAUUCACUUAACAUUUGUUUGUGAUAUUAGGUCUACAUAUUCCAUGCAUUGACAUUUACAGUGGUUUAAGGGCACAGCCUUAAAAAGGGCGAAUAUAAUAAGAUGGGAUUUAUCAUUGCCCCCUGAUUCAGAGAGAUUUUUUAUUAAAAAAGGUAAAACCAGCCCAAAAUUAAAACAGCUAAAAGACAAAAAGGCAGAUUUAAUUUUGGGUACUACCCACUCAAAAUCAUAUUCAACUUUAUCAGAAUUCAAACUUGGCAGACAGCAUGUUAAAUAUGAAAUCCCUACAACAGCAGCAGCAGCAGGACAUGGCAACGUGGCUCUGAGCAGAAAUCAUCAGGAAUAAAAUAUGUUUUUAAUUAUAAGCUCUUUUGGUAGAUGAAAUGUAGAUAGUGUUAUGUGACUACGUAAUUAUUGCUGCUAACAAAGCUCUAUUCUCUAUGUCUUGAUGCUUGGAAUAAAAAAAGUUUCUGUCAGAUCAACAACAGCAAUUGAUAAAUCAACAAUAAUCUCAACUGAA